CGUGAAGCUUACCACCGCGACAAUUCACAGCUAGCUACUCGUAGCGCAGCAACCCCCGCGAGGAAAGCAUGGAGACCGCGCAGCAGACGCCCGCGCCGGGCUCGCUGAGCUGGAGACUCAGCAGCCACCCCAUCACGCUGCUGACCUACCUGUUCUUCCGCAUCUCCUCCCUCCUAACCUACCUCUUCGGCCUGCGCCUCUUCACCUCCAAUUUCGUCCUCAUCUUCAUCAUCACCAUCCUGCUCCUUGCAACCGACUUCUACUACCUCAAGAACAUCGCGGGCCGCCGGCUCGUCGGGCUGCGCUGGUGGAACGAAGUCGACACCGCGUCGGGGGACUCGCGCUGGGUGUUUGAGAGCGCGGAUCCCGAGAGCCGCGAGCAGAACGCCACGGACAAGCGGUUCUUCUGGAUCGCGCUGUACGCGCAGCCCGUGCUGUGGGUGCUGCUGGCCGUCGUGGCACUGCUCAGCUUUGAGCCCAUCUGGUUGACGCUUGUUGCUAUCGCGCUCGUCCUCACGCUCACGAAUGCGCUCGCGUACUCGCGCUGCGACAAGUUUAGCCAUGCGACGGGCUUCGCGUCGAAUGCUAUGUAUGGCUCUGGGCUGGCGAGGAAUCUGGCGAGUGGGAUGGUGAGCAAUUGGUUUAGUCGUGGCGGGCGGUGAGGUAGUGCGCGCGUGCAAUGGCGCGGACGGAUGCAGAAAGAGGAGGGUGUGUACGAGUAUGGUCUAUGUACGUUGAGCGGGUUCCGGCGCCGUAAGAUGAAUUGGUGGAUACCCCAAAGUAUUAGUUUGCAUGUCUGUCAUUGGAGCCGUCUAGGGCUUCUCGAGGUUUGCUUUGACUCGAUGUAGUGGCGACGGCCGUCCAGUCCCAUAACCUACGAGAUCCAACCUCCCCUACGCGCAAGCAUGAUCAACUCGCACAGACAGAGCACCCACGGCAAUGCACCCCACAGCAAUGUCU